AUGAAACGCAAUGCUCACACGGCAAAUUCCUCUUUAAACGAAACUAAUAAUAAUAAUAAUAAUAAUAAUUCUUCUAAACGUUGUUGCAUUGAAAAAGAUAAUAAAAAUUGUGUUGCAAGUAAUUCAUUAACUGCAUCUUCAUCAACAAUUGAUAAUAUUUCAUGUUCAUUAGUAUCAUCAUCAACAUCAACUGAUUUAUUAAAUAUGGAAGAAAAUAUGGAAACAUUAAUUAGUAUGGGUUUUACAGAUCGUGAAUUAAAUCGUAAAGCAUUAAAUAAAGCUGGAAAUGAUAUUGGAGAAGCUGUUACAUAUCUUACUGGUUCAACAUUUUUUACUGAUGAUUCUAUUAUUCCAAAUGAAUCAAGAUCAACAUCAACAUUUAUUGGUCCACUUACAAAAGAAGAAAUGGAACAUCAACAACAACAUCAACAACAACAAAUUGUUGCCUUAGAUAAUAAUUCAAAUGUAUCUUCUGAUGAUUUAUCAAUGAAUAAUUCAAAUUCCUUUACAACAAGUGCUUUUCUUGAUCUUGAAACAAAAGUCUAUGGAGAUAAUUGGUCUAUUCCAUAUAAACGCGAAGAAGUUCUCGGUCGGUGUCUUUUAUCCGCUACUAAACUUGCAAUUGCUGGUAUUGCUGAUCAAGAUGAACAUUGUAAAAAAUUUAUGGAAAUUUUAAUUCCAGAUGCUUUUCGAAAAUUACAAUGUUCUCAUCAUGUUAAUAAUUGGGGUGUUGAAGUUCAAUUAGGUGUAUUUGAUAUGGUACAAUUAUUAAUCGAUUUAAUUGCUGCACGUCUAUCUUAUUUCCCAGUACCUAUACAAUUACUUGAAACUUUAGCAAUAUUAUUUGAUCAUGAUUCAGUUUUUCAACGAAAACAUAAAAGUAAACCAUAUGAUCGUUCACUUUAUGAUAAACAAUUAGGUGAUCGUAUAUUGGCUAAUUCAUCAUCAUCAACAUUUUCUGUUUAUAAUCGAAAUGAACCAUAUGGUUGGCUAUGUGAAAUAAUAAAUCGUUUUGUUUUAAAAGAUGGUAUACAAAAUUUAAAAGAACAAUUUAAAUGUGAACAACCCUUAACAGCUAUUGAAUACAAUGCUUUACUUUCCCCAUUUGUUAAUUGUAUGGAUUAUAUAUUCGUUGAAAAAUAUCGACAAUUAUUUAGUGAACAUAUUGAACAAGCAUUAGAUUAUAUAAAAAAUUUAAAAGAAGAAGAUUUUAAAGCAAAAUCAACAAAUUCAAUAUUUGAAUUACUUACAACAUUACGUAAAAUAUGUUCAGUUGUAUGGACUAAUCGUCUUGAACAAGUUGAAGAAUUACAUUUAAAUUUAUUACUUAAAAUGGUUGCUCUAUCAAAUUUUAAUGCAAAAAUGAAUUCAUUAAAAGAACUUGCAAAAAUAAUUGAAAGUUGUACAUCAAAUAUUCAAAGUAUAUCUAAAGCAUCUAUUCCACGUGAUAUUGUUAGCGAAUGGGUUAUUGAACAUUCUAUACUUUCAAAAGCAUUAGAAGGAAAUAUUGAUCAAAAUCAAUAUGUAGAAAAAGUUCGAACAUUAAUGGAUUUUAUUGCACCAAGAAUUUUAAAAGAAGAUAUUGAAACUAUAUGGAAAAUGCAGCAUGGUCGAUCAUUAGUUGCAGUUGAUCAUUUAUUUACAUUAAUUGCAUCGGCAGCAGCAAAAUUUAAUUUAGAACAACUUAAUCAUCUUAUUGGUUUUAUUCAUAGUUCAUGGAAAACUGAAACAAUACUUAUACAAGAAAAACUUAUCGAAUUACUUGGUGCUAUUGGUCGAGAAUGUCAAAAAGAUUCUGCUGCUCGUGUUUUAGAAGUUCUAUGGGAUAUGGUACAUGAAGAUCGUUUGAGUCGUUCAAUGCUUGAUCAUCUUUUACAUUGUCAUUUACGUGUAUUUAGUGAAGGUCGUUCACCAUAUGAUGCAUUGAAACGUGAUUAUUGUCUUAAAUGUAUGACAGAUUUACAACGUAAACAAGGUUGGCUUGUACCAGCUAUAAAACAUUUAUAUGAUUUAUUACGACAUGAUUCAACAAAUACAUUUAAACGUUCUGAACCUGAUCUUAUAUCAUUAUUAGUUAAUAAACAUGAUGUUAUAUCAGCAUUAAUACAAAGUUUAUCAACAUGUCAAUUAGAUGUAUGGAAUAAAACACAUGGACAUGUUACAAUUGAUACAUUAGUUGAUGGUCGUUUUACACAUGAAGAAUCAAUUAAAACACAUUUAGAUUUAUUAUCAUUUUUAUUAAAAAAAGGUAAUCUUUAUUUAAUAUUAAAACGUAGUGAAGAAUUAUGGGAUACAUUAAUAACAAAUGAAAAUGCAAGUACAUUUGAUCGUGAACUUGGUUUAAAUUGGUUUAUAACAUGUGUUGAAGAUUUAAGUCGUGAUUCACAAAUGGCUCUAUUUGAAAAACGUGUAUCAAAACUUGAUCCAAUACAUUUAUCACCUAAAGGUUAUGCUUGUUUUAAAUUAUAUUUUGAACGUUGCAAUUUGGAACGAUGGAGUCAAUCAAGAAGUUUCAAUUAUAAUUCAAAUACAUCGACAUCAUCAAAUAAUGAAAUGUUAGAUUAUCAAUGUAUUGAUGAAUUAUGGAAUAUAAUUUUAUGUGUUGGUGAUGAUAAUCUUGCUAAUGAUGCAACACGUUUUUUACUUGAUUUAUAUUAUACAAAACAACCAAAUCGUACACGUCGUCCAGCAGCUCAAUCACUUCAUGAAUGUUUUUUAAAAGAAGUUUAUACACGUUUAAGUUCUUUACUUAUAUAUUCUGUACCUCCAUCAAUAUUAUUAACACCAAAUAUAGAAGAAUAUUAUAAAUCAUUAAAAACAUAUGGUGAACAAUUAAUAACAUUAGAUAAUUCAAUAAUAUUAAAUGAAUCAUCAAUUAAUAUUGAUCAUCAAUUAUGGUUACAAAAAAUAGAACGUUUAUUUAUGAUAACAGAAGAAUAUAUACAUAUUGUUGAACAUGAACAUUCACCAACAGCUCAUAUAACAUCAUUUCAAGGUUUAGAAUAUCAAAUAAAAAUUGUUCUUGGUGAAUUAGGUAAAAUAAAUUGUCCAUAUGAUAUAGUUAUUGUUCAUUCAAAUGAUACACUUGAAAUGUUACGUUCACGUCUUGGACUUCAUUAUAAAGUUCCAACACAUGAUAUUCAUAUAUCAAUACAAAAUACACGUCCAUUACCUCCAUCAUAUGAUCAUUUAGGUCCUAUUAAUAAUGCUAUUGCAUUACCAUCAAAUAGUUCAUCAUCAUCAUCAACAAAUAUGAUAAAUAAUAAUAAUAAUAAUAGUAUUCUUGGUUUAUGGUUAAAUUCAAAAUAUUUAUAUCAAGUUCAUAUAACACCGGGUACAACAGUUUAUAUUAAAAUAUUAGGUAAUAAUACAUAUAAUCAAUCAUUAAUGAAAGCAAAUAAUACAGAACCAAUACGUUUAUAUUUAUCACAUACAUCAAUUAAUAUUGAUAAUGAUAAUUUAACACGUUUAAUACCAUCAAAUAUGAUGGCAGAAAAUCCAAAAGUUUAUGAUGUUUUAUAUAAAUUAUCAUAUUUAAAUAAUAAAAAUAUACAUAAUCGUAUACGAAAUAUUCUUCGUUUAAUGCCAUCUGAUAUACGUAUUGUUGAUUUACUUGAUUUAGUAUCAAUACGUGCUGCUAAUGUAUCAUCAACAAAUGAACGACGACAAUCAACUGAAACAAUGAAUAAUCAACAACAACAAAUAAAUCCUAAACAAGCAAUUGAAUAUGUUUUUAAUUUUGAUGAAUGUAAUUUAAUAAAAAUAUUAUAUAAUUUAGAAAUAUUAUCAAGUAAAAUAUUACCAUUAUCAAAUAAUAUUGGUAUAAAACAAAGUUCAAAAUUAUUUCGACAAGAUUUUAUUGAACAAUCAGGUGUUGAAUUUUUAUUUAAAUUAUUACAAUCAUUAAAUUAUUUUAUAAAUGAUGAUUAUCAAUAUUCAUUAUGUCAAGAAAUAACAAUAUUAAUAUUACAAUUAAUACAAUUAUUAUUAUGUGGAAAUAAUCAACAAGAUGAUAUUAUAUUAUCAAGACCAACAUCACCAAUAGCUGUAACAGCUAAUGAUAAUGUUCUUGAUACAAUUGAUUUUGAUUUUCAAGCAACAAUUGAACAUUUACAAUUUGAUGAAUUUGUUGGACAAAUAAAACAAUUAAUUUUUUUAUGUUGGGCAGCUGCUGCUGGAAAUAUACGUUUACAAGAACAAAUUUUAACAAUUAAAGAACAAGUUAAAUUAGAUCGUUAUACUUUAUUACAACAAAUUAAUGGAAAUGUUUUUUGUCGAAAUAGUAGUAAAAAUUCAACAUCAAGUGAUUCAUCAAUUAAUACGAAUAAUAAUACUAAUAAUAAUAAUAAUAAUAUACAAAAUACUGUACAAUUUGGAAUAUGUGUUAAAAAAGAUUCAAUUUUACCAUUAGAUAGUGAAAUAGCUGAGAAAAUUAUUGAUAUUGUUAUGUUUUGUUUUGAAAAACGACCUGAAUUUAUUGCUACUUUUCUUAUUCAACCAUUUUUUGCUGAUUUUCUCUUGGAAAUAUUAAUCAGUACAAGUUCUCGUGAAGUUCGUCAAUGUGCAUUACGUAAUAUAAUUCGUUUAUGUAAAAUAGAAACAUCAGCAUGUGAUAUAAGAGCUGUUAUACAUCAAAUAUUAUUAAAAGCUCGUUUACCAUUAUGGCCAUCAAGUGCAACAACACGAAGUGCAAAUCAAAAAUUAUUAUCACAAUCAAUUGAAUAUUUUGAUUUACGUUGUCAAUUAACAGAAAAUUUAACAAAACAAAUGCAAAUAAUACUUAAUAUAGAUGCAAAACAAAUAUUAACUAAUGAAUUUAAUUGGUUAUCAUCAUAUACUGUAUCAACAACAUCAAAUGAAUUACGUACAAUUGAUAAUAUAUUAUUUAUUGGUCAUUUAAGAUUUAUUCGUACAUUAUUAACAUGUGAAACAAUAAAUAAAAUUGAAUUUGGUAUUGAUUUUAUACGUUUAAUUAUUGAUCAAUUUUUAUUUCCAGCAUCAAAACGUAUGUCAUGUCCAAUUGUAUCAACAAAUAAUGAUAAUGAUUCAUUAGAUGAUUCUGUACCUGAACCAAAAUGUUCAACAAGUGAAAGUCGUUUAGCUGCAUAUGAUGUACUUGUUGAAUUAGUUCGAAAUUGUCGUACAAAUUUAAAAAUUGUUGUGGAUGAUCUUAUUAAUCUUCAUCAUAGACCUAUACUAGAAAAACAAACUGAAUGGGAGUUUAUGCCACAAGUCAAUCCUCGUGCACCUUGUGGAUUAGUUGGACUUUAUAAUGGUGGUGCAACAUGUUAUAUGAAUUCAAUUCUUCAACAAUUAUAUAUGUUACCACAAAUAUCUGAACAUAUAUUAAGUGUACCUGAUGAUCUUGAUAAUACUAAUGAAACAAAUAAAACAGGUGAUUCAAGUUUAUUUUAUCAACUUCAACAAGUUUUUGGUCAUUUAAUGGAAAGUAAAAUGCAAUAUUAUGCACCUGAAUCAUUAUGGAAAGUAUUUCGUUUAUGGGGACAAGAAAUAAAUGUUCGUGAACAACAAGAUGCAUUCGAUUUUUUUACAGCAAUGACUGAUCAAAUUGAUGAAUAUUUAAAAAGUAUGAAACAAGAAGAAAUAUUUCGUAAACAAUUUGAAGGAAUUUUUUGUAAUCAAAUGAUAUGUACAAAUGGUUGUCGUCAUCGUUAUGAAGGUGAAGAAAAAUUUAUGGCAUUAAAUGUUGCUGUUAAAGUUGAUUCACUUAAUGAAUCAUUAAAUCAAUUUGUUAAAGGUGAACUUCUCGAUGGAAAUAAUGCUUAUUUUUGUGCUAAAUGUCAAGAAAAACGAACAACAAUUAAAAGAUUAUGUAUUAAAAAAUUACCACCAUUAUUAUGUAUACAAAUGAAACGUUUUGGAUUCGAUUGGGAAAAUAAUCGUGCAUUAAAAUUUGAUGAUUAUUUUAAAUUUCCAUUAGUACUUAAUAUGGAACCAUAUACAUUAGAUGGUGUUAAUAAACGUGAAAGUUUUGUAGAACAUGAUGAUAUAACUGAUAGUACAAAUAAUGAUUCAUUAAUUAAUACAGCAACAACAAGUGAUAGUAAAUCUGUACCACGUUCAGUAUCAUCAACAAAUAUGCCAACAAUAAAUUAUGAAUUAAUUGGUAUUGUAAUUCAUUCUGGUCAAGCUAAUGCUGGUCAUUAUUAUUCAUUUAUAAAAGAUAUACGUCGUCGUCAAACAAAUAAUACAAAUCAAUGGUAUCGUUUUAAUGAUCUAACAGUUGAAGAAAUACAAUUAACUGAACAAAUGCUUGAAGAAGAAUGUUUUGGUGGUACAUUUCGUGUACAAAAAGAUAAUAAUAAUUCAAGUGAAGAACGUACACGUUUUUGGAAUGCAUAUAUGCUUAUAUAUCAAUGUAUUGAACCAUCAAAAUUACUUCCACCACCAUUACCAGUAUCAUCAUCACCAAAUACAACACGUUCAUCACGUCAUUUACCUGGUACAGCUGUUCGUAUAAAUCGUUCAAAUCAACGUGAUUCAUUAUCACAAUUAGCUGAUUUAGUUGUUCGUAGUGAAAAUAGUGAUCUAUUUAAAAUUGAAAAACCAUUAAUACCAUCACGUGUAUUAGCUUGUGUUAAAGAUGAAAAUCUUGAAUUUUUAAAAAAUCGUGAUACUUAUUGUGAUGAUUAUUUUCAAUUUAUAUAUAAAUUAUCUAAAAUAUGUUUUGAUGAUAUGAAUAUACCAUAUGAUAUGGAAAUAAUUGAAACUGAUAAUGAUGAAACAUCAUAUGAAUUAUGUACAAAAUUAGCAUUAAAUUUUUUAUUUAAUACACAUUUACGUACACAUCGUCGUUUACGUAAAGAUAAUUUACAACAAUGGAUACAAUUAUUAGGACGUUUAUUUACUAAAAAUUCAACAUCAUGUACAAUUUUUUAUGAAUUAUUAUUUGAAAAAAAUGAUUAUGGAUUAAAAUUAUAUUUACUUGAUUGUCCUAUUGAUGAUAUACGUUAUAUAUUUGAACAAAUAUGUGAAAAUAUUUUACAAGCAACAUAUUUUCAUAUAUUAGAAAAAAAUCAACAUAUACAUGAAACAAAUAUAAAUGAUAAUCAUGAAACAUUAAUUAUUAAUAUUGAUAAUAAUUUAUUAUUAUUAAUGAAAAAAUUUAUUGAACAAUUAAUUAAUUUAUUAGAUAAAUAUGUUGUUGAACAAAUAAAACAUUCACAAGCAUAUUUUCAAUUAAUUUAUUCAUAUAUGAAAAUAAAUAAAAAUUCUAUUAAUUAUUUAUUAGAAUUAAAUAUAUUUACACGUUUAAUGAAUUUUUUAUUAGGUGAAAAUAUUGAUACACGUCGUUGGAAUUCUGGACAAGCAAAAGAAUUUGGUAUUAUACAUGAAAUAAUUGCUAGAUUAACAUUAGCAUGUAAUUUAAAUAAAGAUAUAUUUAAUGAACAAAAUAUAGAAUUAAAAAAUCAAAUGGAAACAUAUUUUUAUGGUCAUUGGGCAAAUAGAUAUUUAAAAGAAAUAUGUUAUGCUUUUCAAGAAAUUUCACCAUCACAAUUAACAUGUACAGUACAAUUAAUAGAAAUAUUAGCACUUAAUAAUCAAUCAUUUUCUGAACAACUUAUUAAAAUUAUAUUACAAUCAAUUGUACAAGCACAUACUAAUGAUUUAAAAUCAUUAUUUAAAUUUCUUAGUUAUAUUCUAUUAGUCGACGAUUCAUUACAAACAAAACGACUUCAAUUAGUAUUUGAAGGUAUUAAUGAAUCUGGUAAUGGUGAUAAUUGUCAACAUUUUACUGGACUUUAUUCACUUAUACGAACAAGUAUUGAAAGUGAACAACGACGAGCUUAUCAAACAGUUAAAUUUCUUAUUAAUCUAUCAAAUAGACAUAGUUCAUGUAAAGAUUAUUUUUCAUCAACUGCUAAUCAAUGGGAAUUUGCUAUAAAUUGGCUUAAACAACAAAUGCAAACAUCAUGGCAAUGGUCACCAGCACAAAAUGUAUCUAAUGAAGAUACCGAUACACGUUCAUUUCAACGUACACGUAGUGCACAAUUUACAUUAGAACAAGCUCAAUCACUUUUACAACAAACAACAAUAUCAAAUAAUGAUACAUCAACAAACGAAUUAAUGGAAUUAAAUGAUACUCAAAGUCAAUCUUCGUCACAAUCAACACUUGUUGGUAUUGAAUAA